UGUAGGUUUUUGCCCUUUUUACUGUAAGAUUUUACAAACUUACAAUAUUCUUUAGGGUAGAAUUCUUAUGUUCUUUAGAUGCUGAAUUAACUGUAGAUAGCAUCAAGUCUGUGAAUGAAUGAUUCGUCUUGGAUAUGGCAGCACUAUGAUUUUUAUUGUUUUGUGCAGAAAUAAGAGACUGAUUAAGAAAGAGAACCUUCAGAAGGAAGUGGUACUUCCAGAACUUCUCACAUUUACUAUAGAGAAAUAUGUGCCAGAUUUAGCAGAUGCUGCUGCUGCUGCAGAAGUGCUGUUACCCAGAAGCAGUGCUCAAAUCAUACCAGUCUUAGAGUCUAUGAAAGUCUGGGCUGGAGUAGUUGGUAAAGCCGUAUAAGAUAAAUCUCAAUGGCAUGCUGGCUGAUGAACCUGGACUUGGAAAAACAGUGCAAGUUGUUGCUUUUUUUUGCACACCCGGCAUAUAAUGAAGGUAUGAAAUAUUAUAGCUCUUUUGUUUUAUAAAUCUGUAUUUUUAACAGUUCAUUGGUUGAAUGCAUUUUCUGUAACAGGAGAAAAAAUAAUUGCUUUUAAUAUGUAUAGUUUAAAGAAAUGUAUCUGGAAUAAAUCUUGUAAAAAAAUAUGCAAUUCCUUUCAUUGUUAGUGCAUGUUGUCGAGAUACACACAUUUGCCUUUUAUUGUAACUCUGAAGUGUUAUGCAGUCAUUUCCUAUCAUGCUGUACCUUUUAUCUCCGUAGGUAACUGGGGUUCUGUUCUUGUUGUUUCACAAAACUUGAAUGUGCUGAAGUGGGAGAUUUGAACUGAAAUGCUUGUGUCCUGCUUUGAAAAUUCUUCUGCAUCUUGGAAACCCAUGAGAACUUUUUUGAAGAAGAUGGGUAUUGUGGAACAAUGUACUGGGUAGUGUAACUAGUACACAAGGAAAAUAUCAGCCUGAGUUAUGGUUAUACCAUUGUGAUUAAAAACUUCAGCAUAGUCAUUUCACAACUUGUUUCUUCUCUCUUUUGUUGUGAGCAUACUGGAAAAAUGAAGCUAUUUUCUUAUUUCAUAAGUACUGGUUCAUAAGCAGAGUUUGGUAUUCCCCAAUAAAAGUUGCUUUGCUGACCAGCAAUUCUCAAUCUAAUCCUAGAGGAGGAAACAAUAAUCUCUGCUAUUAAAGCCAUCAAAGAAAGCCUUUAGGAUUUUGUGGUUUUACAUUGCAGGAAUGGACUAACCCCAAGACCUUCCUCCUGCAAGCAAUUCUUUAAAGACUGUGAAGCAUUCAUGAAAGUACAAUGCAGGUACCUAGUUUUAGAUGAAAGGCAGAAUGGUAACAAUCUGACACAGGAGCGCUGGGAUGCAAUAUUCAAUCUCCAGAGGUCUGAAGCAUUCAUUCGAAUUUUUCUUAUUGCUUUUGUCCAUCAGUUACUUUCUGAAACAACUGCAGUGUUUAAAAUGACAGGGUUUAAUUUUUUCUUUGCUGUGAUCUAAUUAAGUUAUGAAAUAGAUCUUAAUUAUUAUUUUAAUUAUCUGCAGUCAUCAUUGUUUACUCUUGAUGGAUAUACUUUUGCCUACUGCCUUAAAAGAUGUGUGGGCCAUUGCCAGUUUCCUGAUUUCAGGGAUUUCCCAAAUCUAUCUGGAUUUUAUGGAAGUAGCUUCUGUGGAGGGGAAUAAAGAUCAUUACCAGAGAGUUGCAGUAAGACUACAGAGUACAUCUCCCUUGAGGAUAGUGUCUUAACUCUAGUAUCUUUCUCUGAGGAAAUAAAACUAGGAAAUCAUUGCAUUCUAUUAUUUUGGGUAAUGCAGUCAUUCAUUUUGCAGAGGUCCAAAAUUCACAUUGAGAAGCUGUUACCAAGAAAAUACUACCACGUGCUUACAUGUACUCUUUCUGAUCAGCAAAAGUCAAUGUAUGAAGACAUCUUGUCUCAACCAAGAACUCAAGAAUAUCUCAGAAGUGGGCACUUUGUCGGCGUCCUCCAUGUUCUGACGCAGAUGCUCAGGGUGUGUAAUCAUCCUGAUCCGUUAAGUCCUUGGCUUCCAAGUUCUUCCUGUGUAUUAGACAUGCUGGAGUUUACAAUUGCUUCUCUAGUGCUGAAUGCAUUAGAAUGGGAUCUUUGGAAGCAUGCAGACCAGUCUGUCUUUGAUGUGAUUGGGAUUGAACACCAAACUACUUACAAAGCACAAAUACUGCUGAAACUGAAGAUAACCAGGAAGCUUAUUGAAGAGAUCUGCUGUUCUCCUUCAUCCCCAGUGAAGCUCAAACCAAACAGGCAAGAUGAAAGCUCUGGCUGCCUUGUUUUGGAAGCUGAAAUCAAGAGGACAUCGUGUAUUGAUUUUGAUGCAGAUGAUUCUAGUACUUGAUUAUACUGGAGCUUUUCUUGAACAUCCAUUUUCUCACAUAUGUAAGAGUUAAUGAGAGUGGUGCUCACAGUUGGCAUCAUCUGGUAAGAGGACCUCUUGCUCAAGAUAAUAGUUAAUAUAUGCUCAUAGCAGGAGGGAAAAUGGUAAAGGGAAGUUUAAUACAUUUGCAAAAUUAAUUUGCAUAAUUUUAUUAGUUAUUUAAGCAAAUUAUGUAUGUAGCUGUCACACAAAUAUGUAAUUAUAUAUGAAAUAUGUCAGUCAUAUUACUAUUUGAUGAGGCAUCCGGGGUGUUUCCAAGAGGCAUGCCACUAGUUGUCCUACAUUUAUGAGUAAUUUGUGUUUGAAAUACAGAUGCUUUAUUUCACAAUAUUUCACAAUUUCAUAAUUGCUUUGGCUUUCAUUAUCUGUAGCUAUCUACAUUGUUAGUACUAUAAGUGUAGUUGCUGCUUUUAUGUUGGCACUUCCUCAGCCUUACUCCAGGGGCUUUUGCUUUUUUGUAGAGUGCCCUGGCAUUGCCUGAGGAUAAAUUGAAAGCAUGUUCAUUUCCCUCCCCAGUACGAUUUUCAGUACCCUCUGGGGCCUACAAUUUGAGCAAACAUUAACAAUAUAGUGAAGUCGUUCUUUUCCUAUUUUUUGUUUCAAGUUGCAUUGUUAUGAUUUCUGCCAGAUGCAGUAGAAAACAUGAAGGAAUACUUUGCCUUAAAGCAAAACAAGGCAGCACAAUAGAAGGGAUUCAAUUUAGUCUGUAGACAAUAAAAACGACGAAGCACACACAGCAUAAUAACUCAGUCAGUGUGCAUAGUAACUGCAAUGGUAUUCUCUUGUUUUCCAGUUAGGUAAAUGGAAGGAGCCUAUUCUCAGUGAUAUUGGUGUGACAUGAGGGGAAUGUCGGAUUUUUGGUCCUUAGAUCUCUUUUCUAUCUUAAUUAUGGUGCUGUUAUUUGCAAGCAAAAGGAAUUAAAAUUCAGUUUAAUUAA